CCUGAGAUCGGGCCGGGGGCCCGAGGGGCGGCGGGGCACCAACUGUCCCGGACAUUUCAGUAGGGAAGGGCUGCUCUCAAAGUGGAUUAUUCCAACUACCCCGGGGGUGGCCCAGGGGUAUUCUCCCCGAGCCGCAGAUCCUCGGUGAAGACAGCGAAGCAAAAUGAAGAUGACCAGAAGUCCAUUUCCUCAGAGCAGUCCCCCAACUGCUUCGGCUUUGUCGCCUACUCCAUGAACAACCCAGGAGAGAAAUCGCGAGUUACGAUGAAGACCGCAAGCCACCAGCAUGCGUAUUCCGGCCCGUCCUGGUAUGAUCGCUCUCUGACUCCCUCGUUCUCUCCCGCUGCCUCUCCGGGCUCCAUUCCCUCGCCACAUUCGACUCCCUCGUCCCGGAGCAUGUUCCAGCCAGAGCCGGACAAGGAGGGCAGGCACGAACGCCACUCCAAAAAGAGAAGGUCCAAAGAGUGCAACUUCAACGAUCCGCUUGACCUUCUGUGGCUGGGAGCAACUUCCACCAUGUCCACCUCGGCGAGUUCCCACUUGAACAAAGGCAUCAAGCAGAUGUACAUGUCCCUGCCUCAGGGUGAUAAAGUCCAAGCUAUGUACAUCUGGAUUGACGGUACUGGAGAAGGACUGCGAUGCAAGACCCGCACCCUGGACAGUGAGCCCAAGAGUAUAGAAGAGUUGCCCGAGUGGAAUUUUGAUGGCUCUAGUACUAUGCAGUCUGAAGGCUCCAACAGUGACAUGUAUCUUGUUCCUGCUACCAUGUUUCGGGACCCUUUCCGCAAGGACCCCAACAAGCUGGUGUUCUGUGAAGUCUUAAAAUACAACCGCAAACCUGCAGAGACCAAUUUAAGAUAUACCUGCAAACGGAUAAUGGACAUGGUGAGCAAUCAGCAUCCCUGGUUUGGAAUGGAGCAGGAAUAUACUCUCAUGGGCACAGAUGGGCACCCUUUUGGCUGGCCUUCCAAUGGCUUCCCUGGACCCCAAGGUCCAUACUACUGCGGCGUGGGAGCAGACAGAGCCUACGGCAGGGAUAUUGUGGAGGCUCACUACCGGGCCUGCUUGUACGCUGGCAUCAAGAUCGCAGGGACAAAUGCCGAGGUCAUGCCUGCCCAGUGGGAAUUCCAAAUAGGACCCUGUGAAGGCAUCGACAUGGGAGAUCAUCUCUGGGUGGCCCGUUUCAUCUUGCACCGAGUGUGUGAAGACUUCGGAGUGAUCGCAACCUUUGAUCCCAAGCCCAUUCCCGGCAACUGGAAUGGUGCAGGCUGCCACACCAACUUCAGCACCAAGGCCAUGCGAGAGGAGAACGGUCUGAAGUACAUCGAGGAGUCCAUCGAGAGGCUGAGCAAGCGGCACCAGUACCACAUCCGAGCCUACGACCCCAAGGGGGGCCGGGACAAUGCCCGGCGCCUCACCGGAUUCAACGAAACCUCCAACAUCAACGACUUCUCCGCCGGCGUGGCCAACCGUAGCGCCAGCAUCCGCAUUCCCCGGUCUGUGGGCCAGGAGAAGAAGGGGUACUUUGAAGACCGGCGCCCCUCUGCCAACUGCGACCCCUUUGCAGUGACAGAAGCCCUCAUCCGCACGUGUCUUCUCAACGAAACUGGCGAUGAGCCCUUCCAGUACAAAAACUAAGUGGACUAGACUUGCAGCCAUCCAGCUCCUUCUAAUUACUUCUUCAUCCCGCUCCCACUCUCGCCCCUCGAUUGUCAUAACAAAUGUAACUCAAAAGGGCAGAAUAUCAAGGUCUUUUUUUAUUCCUCCUGCCCAGUUAAUAUCUCUUGCUUUCUUUGGCCAGGUUAAAGGGGUCAAGUUCUUAGACUCUUCACACACACACACCCUUUUUUCCCCUAUCACUAAAGCUUUCUAGUGUGUUAGUGGGGAGGGGGGCGGGGAAACAUAACCACUGCUUCACUUAAUCAGGUGUUUGUCCAACAGGCGUAGCUAUCUGGACAGUGAGCAUAGUAUUUGUGAAGGGAGGGGAAGGGCCUUUUUCUUCUUGGAGGUAGCUGAAGGGGGUAGGAGUGCUGGGCGUGCUCUGUGACUAGGUUAGAAACUCCCUUUGGUUGGGAAGUUCCAUAAAAGGUUAUAAGCAGCUUUCUAAUGAAAGUGAGAAUUAGGAAAGGGGGGGGCAGGGGCAGCAGGCAGGAAGCCCUCUUACCUGCCAACUGUGACCCCUUCGCAGUGACCUGCUUCCCUGGCCUGGGGCUGAGUGCCCUCACUGGAAGGCAAGCUCAGCAUAAAGGGAUGGGUGGGUAGCCCUACCUUCGAAGAAAAAGUUCUCGUUGCUUGGUCCUCCGUUUAUAACACAAAUCAGAGUAGUAUUUUUAUAUUUAAAUGCAAAAACAAAAAAAUUAUAUAUAUGGGUGUGCAGAUCUGUGUGCUUUUUCUCAAGGACAAAAACCGUUCUGGUCGCUGGGAGCCAAAGUUGAGGCGAGAAGUCUGAUUAGAAAUAAGGCUCACCUUUUGAGGGGAGGGGGUGAGGGUGGCAGUGCUUGAAAAGUUGGCUCUUAGGGGCUGUUAAAGCCUCACUACCAUUUAAGGGUUUCUCUGUGCCCUGCCUGCCCUUCUGGACACGGGUUGGCUAACAGGAGCAAAUAGCAGUCACCCGAGCCCCUUGGCUUUGGAUUAUAAAGACACAUGUAUGCACAGGGGUUUAGAAUUAUGAGUUGGCUGGUCAACUUGAGCAUGUAUGUUACUGACAAGGGGGGUAUUGGGUUAUUUUCUGGGGGACUAGCAUGUCACUAAAGCAGGCCUUUUGAUAUAUUAAAAAAAAUUUUUUUUUAAAGCAAAACCAGUUUAGAUUUUAAUCAUAUUUGUAGGGAUUUGAAGUCUCUUACAGAAUUGCUUGUUUGCUUCCACUGUCUCCUUCCUGUCUGCCCCUAGAGGGGAGGGGGACAAGACUGGGGUUAAACACUUGUAAUUUUGUAUCCUGGUGUCUGUUCUGAGUGUGAAAUAUUCCUUUUCGUUCGUUAAGAUACUGAGGAGUUAUUUUUUUCUUUUAUAAUAAAAAGCAAACAAACCCCACCUUCA